AUGGGCAGCGAGGCACGUUUCGCGAACCACAGCUGCUCCCCGAACUGCCUGAUGCAGAAGUGGAGCGUGCUGGGCGAGACCCGGGUGGUGCUUGUUGCCGCUCGUGACAUCUCGGUCGGCGAGGAGCUGACGUACAACUACCAAGCGGACACACUGGAGGGCUUCGUGGAGAGACAAAAGUGCCUGUGCGGAGAGCCCCAGUGCUCCGGGUUCAUCGGAGGCGAGCGGCGCGCCUCGAAGGUCAUGAACCAGGCGAAGCCGCAGCUUGAGGUCGUCAGGGAGCUCUUCCACGAAGGGCGGGAGUUGGGGUACGAGCUAUCAGACAAGGGCGGGGGCGAAGGUGAGGCAGGGGACGGCGGCGGUGCAAACAGCAGCAGCGCAGCAGGAUCAGGGCCAACGCAUUACAAAGGCCGCGAGAUGGAGUGCCUGUCGAUAAUGCUCAGGGAGGGAGACGAGUGGCUCGAGGAGCUCGCCCGCGUCAUGGAAGGAACCACCAUCGCCGCCGCCGCCGCCGCCGCCGCCGCCGCCUCCUCCCGGAAGUACGGGACAGGUGCCGUCGGCGUCGAGGAGACCGCCGUACAGCCUCCGCCCGCCGCCGGCGAACUCCCACGACGCAGAGCCUCCACGCGCGCUGGUCGCGGCGAAAGAAAGCCAAGAGAUGCCUACGACGACGACGGCGGCGGCGGUGGUGGCAAGGUUGGGGAAGGAGAGGAAAGCAACCCGGACGCUCCUCGCGUGGUCGAUCUCGUACAGCUCGAGAAGGUAGUGCAGGCGUCGCCGACGGGGCUGCAGAUUCCCGAGGCCGUUAAGGCCAAGAAGACCCUGGCAAGGGCGAGUCACGUGGCGCAGACGGUGUGGACCCUGCUAGACGCCGCGUCCAAGAACGGCCUGAAGAGCAUCAGGGUGCCGGAAGAACGGCAGCCGCCGCCGCCGUCGCCGCCGCCACUGCCGCAGCCGCAACCGCCUCAGCUGGCGACGAGCAACCCCGCCUCCGGCGGCGCUUGUCCAAGCGUGCCGGCGGCGGCGUCCUCCUCCUCAAAAGCCGCUAUUGUCGGCCGUUUGGACGAGAAAGAUAAGGGUCGUCGGGGGGGGCGAGGGGCGGAAAGAGGAGGUCGGGGGAGGCGGGGGCGGUACGGAAGCGAGGGUGACCAUGACGCCAUGAUGCCGGAGAUCGGUGGUGGUGGUAGCGGCAUCACCGGCGCCGCCGCUCCUGCUGGUGCCAAGAGCAACGACGAUGCUACGAUGGAGGUUCGCGGUGAUGGCAGUACCGCUGACGGCAGCAGCAGCAGCAGCAGCAGCAGAAGCAGCGAUGAGCCCAACGGCGGCGACGGUGGCCAGCAGCUGGUGCCGCUAGAAGGGCGAUGCGGGUCGCGGGACGAUGAAGCAGAACCGGCGGCCGACGCUGGUACACCCGGCGGGGGGACCGACGACUCACCCGUGGUGGCCACCGGAGCUUGUAGCGGCAGCGGUGGCGGUGGCUCUAGCCCUGACUGCGGCGAAGUGCUCGCCGCCACAGUAGCUGCCACCGCCGCCGAUUGGCGGGCGGACGGCGACAACAACGGCAACCUAGAGCAAGGCGCGGAUAAGCCGGCGGCGGGGCUGUCUCCACGGGUAGCCGUUGCCACGAGGAGCGGUGGGAAGAGAAAGCCUUCGGCGGCGUUGUCCGUGGCCGGUGUCGCCUUAAGAAAACGGCUUGUUCCGCCGGCGGCAACGGCGACGACCUCUUCCAUGGCGGACGGAUCGCCCGCGCUGCCUCCGAAGCCGAAGAUGAGUCAGGUGUGCCAAGCGAUUCGCAGCUGCAGGGGGCUUGCCAACGUCUUCAUUCCAGGCGCUCCGGAGCUGGAGAAGCUGGUCGCCCCGGCAGAGGCUUGGGCGAAGGAGGCUUGCGACAUGCUCAAGAUCAAGGCAAGUCGUAUGAAUAGCACCGGCACCAGCAACGAUGAGGAGGUGUUGGACCCUUCCACGGAUGACCCGGCGACAGGCGGUGCCGCCGCUGCUGGUGGCAAGGUCAAGGACUGCGACAGGGACAGGGAAGGGGAGAAGGAUAAGAGCAAGUGGGCUAGGCUGGGUCUGGAAGGCUCAGCGAUGACCGCCCUAGAAGAGAAGCUGCAGGACGUGGCGGAAUUUUCUCUGGCCAGGGAGCAGCGCGAGGAGGAGGUCGAGAAGGAGCGUCUCCAGAGGGAGAAGGAGGACGCCAGGGAGAGGGAGAGGCAGGCCAGGCUAGAGAAGCUGGCGAGGCUCAAGGCCUUGUCAAAGCGGCGGAACGCGCCGAGGGCGGUGGGGGGGGCGAGCACAAUUACAGCCGAGCGCGGAGGAGGUGCGGCCGGCGAUGCCGUGGGCGGCGGCUCUGGCGGGAGGGCCUCUAGGGAAGAGGCGGUUAGGGCACGCGAGACAAGACGGUCACCAAGGAUCGUCAGCCUGGGUAGUAGCGGUGCACCGUCAACGGCCGACCCGGCCACGGCGCGGAAGGAGGAAGCAGAAGGGGAGGGGAUCGGGGAUGCGGAGGAGGCGGGUUGGACGAAGGAAGACGAGGAGGCCCUUCACUGCCUGUGCAGGCUGCCGGCGGACGCCGCUCGCUUCCGCACGCUCAUGACGUGCGACCUGUGCUCAAGCUGGUUCCACCCAUCCUGCGUCAGGCUCAAGGACGAAAAAGCACGCCACCAUGUAUGUCUCGAACGAUCACAAGCAGCACCCCAAUUGACACCAAGACCCGCCACAUCCCUCGAAACGGCGGUGCAGGAGCUACCCAAGAGGAGCCUACGGGGGGGUUACCAUCACCAGGCACCGGCUCUCGCGUUCGUGUGUCCUAUGUGCGAGCACCGCAGGGGCGGCGUGUCCAACUUCGCCUGUCCUCCCUCUCCGGGUUUCUACAUCGGGAGGCGGAUGCACCGCCCGGGGCUGUCGGAGCUGGAGACCCUCAUGAGGAACGCCGACAGUCUGCCCGUUGAUGGCGUGGAUGGCCAAGCUUACCUCAACUACAUGGUAGUCCAGGUGGUGGGUUGGAGGGACCGGUGUGAAGACGCCGUGAAGGACUUCCAGGCGUACAUCCAGGGCGGGGACACGGCAGAAGCAACGGCGAUGAAGGGAGGGACACCCACGCCGCCGACGCCUUCGGCAGGGCUCGUGCUUGCCUCCGCAGGGCGAAGGCUUGGGUUUGAGGCCUCUCUCGUGGAGAGGCUGGGCAGGCUGGUGUGCGAGGGGGCGCUGAUCGAGGUGGUAGACGUGCACAAAGAGGACACCAUGCUGCGAAGAGCCCUGUGGACCCUAACGGCCUCGCUGUGCUUUCCGAAGGCGACGUCUUGCCUAAGGCUUGGUCAAGAACCAGGGCUGGAGGAAACCCUGUCCUCGGAAGACCAAGAGGCCCUGCGAUCGAGUGACCUGUCUCAAGACAGCACCACGCGACUACGGCCCACCUUCGAAACCCUCGAGGCUUGCCUCACGGAAGGCCGCGCGCUCGGGCUGUCGCGAACCAAGUCCAAAGGCCGGCGAAGCUCCGCCGGUGCCACCGGCGGUGGCGGUGGCGGCGGCGGCGGUACGGGGGAGGUGUCGAACAAAGAAGCACCGUCUACCAGCAGUGGUGUGGUGUCCUCGUCGUCAUCUUCGUUGUCCGGUGCGGCCUCCUCCGUAUCGGCGGCGGCAGCGGCGGCAGCUACGUCUUGCUUGCCUCUGGCGGGCGAGAGGCCUAGCUCGGAGCCUCUGGGGACGGGGGUGCGAUUGUACACCUGCUUGUUCGAUGCCGUGGGUGACAUCCUUCAAGCGGUGGUGAAGGCGGAAGCCAAGCCGUUUCGCGAGGCGAGGAACAAUCUGCCGGCGCUCCGAGAGGCCACAAGAUGGGCGGCCAUCGAGCCAUCGUGGGGCUAUGCUCGAGCUUUGGCUUCGGAGCUAUUCUGGCGCAGAGAAAACGCCGCUCCCGCUGCGGCGGCGAGGGGGGUACACGUAGCAGCAGCAGCAGCAGCGCAGAUGGUGGCGGAAGUUGAUUCGUCGUCACCAGCCCCAGGCGAACCGACGGUGGGUGCACAGAGCGCGAGAGUUGUACAAGAGGAGCAGGGGGGAGACGUGGAUGUGUACUGCAUCUGCAGGGAGGGGGAUGACGGCGGCGUCAUGGUGGAGUGCGACCUGUGCGGGGAGUGGUACCAUGCGUCCUGGUGGUCGACUAACGUGGCCAUCGAAGCCGCCGUGCGCCGAGCAACCCCCCGCAGGACCGCCAACAGAAGCAACAAUCAGAACCCGGCACAGCAGCAGCAGCAGCAACAGUUGCCAAAAGAAGUCAGCAGCAACACGGGGGAAGAAGAGGGUGCAGACGGGCGCAGAUUCGACUCCCCCGGAAGAUGGCCUCGUGCAACCGGCAAUGCAGCCACCUCUCCAGCUGGCGGCGAGCGUUCGGUGGGUCCAUCCACGCCGAAUUUUUCUGACGCUAGCGCUUCGGCCGGCGGCGGUGGCGGCGAAGGAGCGGUUGCUGACGGUAGCAGCAACGGCGGCCAGGAUCAUCAUCCGGUAGCCGGCGGCCGCCCCCCUGUCGUCGUCGGAACAAAGGCGGCCGCAGAACCAGCCGGCUUGGCUUCCAAGCGCCUCCGGGACAAGGGGUCGUCCUGCCACGGCCGUGGCGGUGAUAACCGCCCGGGGGCUAAGCGUACCCGGGCGGCGGGGUCGGUGGCGAGGUAUGUCGAGUCGGUGGCGCGAGAGUUCGCCGGUCUGGGAAUCCCUUUUCCCCCCCUGCCGCCGCCGCUUAGCCCCCCGAGAGAGGCACCGGCGGUUGCGGCGGCGGCGGCGGCGGCGGAACGCUGCUGCCGCCGUACCGGCGUUGUUGCCAGAGUCAUGGGAAGCGAGGCAUCGUCUGCAGGGAGGUGUUGUGCUGCGCUUGUUGUUGACGACGUGCAGGAGGUGGCGGCACUCGACGUGGAGCCGGCGGCGGCGGCGGUCGGCGGCAGCGGCGCUGGUGUGGUUGCCCGGGCCAGGGGAAGCGAGUCUUCUUCGGGGUGCGGGGUGGGUUGUGCUGCUCCCGCCUUCGAGGAGAGGACCUUUGAUGAUAUGUGUCGUCCAGGGGUUGGGGAGGGGCGGGAGGGGGGCGGUGGACAGCAAGGAGAAGGGAAGGGAGCGGAGGCGUUGUCGCAACCCGUUGUGCUUCGUCCUAAUCCGAUGGCGGAGAUUCUCGCCGGAGCUGGGUUGGUCGGCAGCAGCGGCGGUGGUAGUAGCAGUGGCGGUGCGGAGCAAGGGUUUGUUGUUGUUACCCGUCACAGGCCCCAGCAAGGCAGUGGCAGUCGCCAUGUGUACCUGCACCAGCAACAGCACCACCGGCAGCACCACCAACACCAAACUCUGAAGCAAGGCAAAGGAUACGGCUAUGGCAUGGUGUGGCCGCCGCCGCCGCCGCUACCAUCAUUCCCGGGGAUCACCCCCAAACCGCACACCCAACACUCCAGCAGCAUAGAGCCGCAAUCGUCGACGAGCGGGGUGCUGCCGUUCGGUGUUGUUCCCGCUGCUGAGCCCUCUGCGGUGGGGCCCCACGCCCGGUGUCUUCAGGCGGUCCGCCCCCGUUCCCACGGCGACGGCGGGAGUCACGACAGCGGUCGAAAGGAGGAUCACGCCGGCACGUUGCUCGAAAAACGAAGCGCUGGCGGCACCCGCGGGCAGGUCAUCGGGGUAAAGGCAAGCACGGCCGUCGUGACGGAGGCGUUGGCAUGGACCAGCCACGAACAGAGGCCGACCGCUACUACUUGUGCUGUUGUUGGACGCGAUCAGGCCGAAGCGGGCGGCAUGGGAGCGGGGAGCACGAAAGAAUCCUAUGAUGGGAGAAAAAAAAUCGAGCGAUCGACCAACGGCGAUGACGUGGGCUGUGUCGAAUCAACGGGGCGCAUGAGAUCGUGAAAACAGCGAGGGAUGGGGGUUUUGGAGAUGUGCACCACAGCAUAUCUUGUGUUGUUUUCGUAUGAUGUUGGGCGACAAGAUCGAUGGUUAUGGAGUCGACCUUAGAUGGGGGACAUUUUGUCUCAUACAAACAGAGAUGCAAGUUCGUGCCGGGCGAGAAUUGUGUUGCAUAUAUCUCCCUUUCUAUGCGUACAUUCCGUUCGACGUUUGGUCCCUGGUCGUGGUGCACUGGCCUUCGGUGGCACAUACCACUCCGUUAGUCUAGUUCCUGUGUGUGUAGUCUAUGUACUUUAGUUUCGGAUCCCUGUGUGCUUACGUCAUGUCGUCAUGUAUCUAUGUAUGAAGUGUAGCUUUCCUUGC